AUGAUCUCAGGGGGAUUCGGGGGAGGUGGCCUCACAAAGUCAUCUCGCAAGAGACACUUGAAGGAAGUCUACCAGGUCGGGAGCGAAGUUCCCGACCUCCCAACUAUCUCCUUCACCAAAGAAGAUAGGCAAGGAAUCAUUCCUGGACAUGACAAUCCAGUGGUGAUCACCAUGGUUCUUGCCAAUGCCCAUCUUCACAGAAUCCUGGUAGAUCAUGGGAGCUCAGCCGACAUCCUUUUCAAACCAGCAUUCGAUAAGCUGGGGUUGGAUGAAAAGGAGUUAAGAGCUUAUCCUGACACCCUGUAUGGACUGGCGGAUACACCAAUAAAACCACUGGGAUUCAUACCCCUCCACACGACUUUUGGAAAAGGAGCGAAAUCCAAAACUCUGAGCAUCGACUUCAUAGUCAUCGAUGUGGGAUCCGCCUAUAAUGCUCUAAUAGGCAGGACCACCCUAAAUAGGCUCAGAGCAGUGGUGUCCACCCUGCACCUGUGCAUGAAAUUCCUAACGUCAGAGGGGAUAGCAACCAUCAGGAGAGAUCAGAAACUGGCAAGGAAGUGCUACAACGAAAGCCUGAACCUGGGAGGAAAGGGCAAGGAAGUUCACACCAUAGAGCUCGGCGGAGUCAGAGCCAAAGAAGAGCUGUGGCCGCAACCAGUGGAAAAAACUGAAGAAGUACAAGUUGGAAAGGAGGAAGGAAAAAACACCAACAUAGGGGCCAGCUUAAGGGGAGACCUGAAACAGAGGCUGAUAAAGCUCCUACAAGAUAAUUCCGACCUCUUCGCCUGGAAAGCUUCUGACAUGCCAGGGAUAGAUCCCAAACUCAUGUCCCACAAGCUUUCAGUAUACCCCGGAUCGCGACCUGUACAGCAACGAAGAUGGAAGCUCGGACCAGAACGGGCUCAAGUGGUGGAAGAGCAAGUACAAGCCCUCUUAGAAGCCGGCUUCAUCAAAGAGGUCAAGUACCCAGCAUGGCUGGCAAAUGUAGUGCUGGUCAAGAAAGAAAACGGCAAAUGGAGGAUGUGCGUCGACUACACUGACCUGAACAAGGCGUGUCCCAAAGACCCAUAUCCACUUCCAAACAUUGAUACCUUGGUAGACUCCAGCUCGGGGCUGAUGAAUAAGGUGUUUGCUCCUCACCUUGGGAAUUUAAUGGAAGUCUACGUGGACAACAUGCUAGUAAAAACCAAGGAGGAGACCGACCUCUUGACAGAUCUCUCGCAAGUCUUCAACACCAUAAGGUUGCAUGGGAUGAGGUUGAAUCCUGCAAAGUGCACCUUCGCGGUAGAGGCUGAAAAAUUUCUGGGGUUUAUGCUGACACAAAGGAGGAUUGAAACAAAGCCCGACAAGUGUAACGCAGUCUUAGAAAUGAAAAGCCCGACUUGCCUAAGGGAGGUCCAACAGUUGAAUGGCCGACUUGCUGCUCUCUCCACGUUCUUGGCAAGAUCAGCACUAAGAUCCCUACCACUCUUCUCUCUACUAAGGAAAGGAUGUCAGCUCGAAUGGACUCCUGAGUGCAAAGAAGCAUUUCAAGAGUUCAAAAGGUUUCUAAGCCAACCUCCAAUUCUGACCCGACCUGUAGUCGGGGAAGAACUCGUCUUGUAUUUGUCCGUAGCAGACAAAGCUGUAGCAUCAGCUCUAAUACGGGAAGACGAGGUCGGACAGCAUCCUAUAUACUUCACCAGUAAAGUUCUAUAA